AUGCGCCUCACUAUCUUCGCGUCGGUCGUGUCCUGCGCGAUCCCCGUUCUAUCUCAGCAGAUCUACGACGUAUGGUCUACGACCUGGGACAGGUCUCAGCUGUUCACGUACAAGAACCUGUACCCGAACCCGGUCCAGUUCAAGACGCCCGGGGCGAUCGGUGCUGCAGACAUCGUGCUCAGCGACGCCCAUACAUACCAGUCCCUCUGGGGAUUUGGUGCAUCCCUGACCGACUCCUCGGCCCAGGUGCUCAGCAACCUCAAGACCAAGAACUCGGACAGCUACUGGAAGCUGCUGAAAUACCUCUUCGAUAACACUGACGGGGCCAACUCCGCUGGUUUCUCGUACCUCCGCAUCCCCUUGGGCGCCUCAGACUUCUCCACCACCGUGUACAGUUUCGAUGACGUCAGUGGCGAUACCUCCCUCAAGUACUUCGAUAUCAACAAAGCGCCGUCUUCCGUGUUCAGCGUGCUGAAGGACAUUCGGUCCAUCAACAGCGCGAUCAAGGUUCACCUCCUCCCAUGGUCUCCGCCGGGAUGGAUGAAGGACACGGGGUCGAUGAAGGGCGGCAACUUUUUGUCCAAGUAUUCGACGGCUUACGCGAACUACCUACUUAAGGCGCUGCAAGCCUACAAGAGCAAGGGCGUCACAGUCUUCGCCAUCGGCGUUCAGAAUGAGCCCGAGAACUACAACCCGACGUAUCCGACCUGCGUGUUCACCGCCGCGCAAGAGGCACAGGUCGCGAAGACGCUGCGCACGCUCAUGAACAACAACGGCUUCUCCGGCACGAAGAUCAUCGGCUAUGACCACAACUGGAACGACGCUGCAGGAUACCCAGUGGACUUGAUGAACGACGCCGCGGAUGCAUUCGCGGGUGUCGGCUUCCACUGCUACUCCGGCUCAGUUGGGCAGCAGGACGCAUUCCAUAGCGCGUACCCGAAGAAGGACAUCCUGUUUACGGAGUGCUCGGGCGUGUACGGCAGUGACUGGUGGAGCGACCUAAAGUGGUACAUGGACAACAUAUUCAUCGGCUCGAUCGAGCACAACUCCAAGACAGGUCUCAUGUGGAACCUUGCCCUCGACGGGAACGGGCAACCUAUGCUGCCUGGGACGAACAGCUGCUCUCCGCCGUGCCGCCCUGUCGCAACCGUCAACAGCGACGGGAGCUGGAGUGUGAACCAGGAGUUCUACGCGAUGGCGCAGGCUUCGAAAGCCAUCCUUCCCCGCGACGCUGGUGGGCCGUUCGGAAGGCGCAUCGGGGUCAGCCUCGGAGGCAGCCAGAGCUGGGCGCUGCGCGUCAGCGCGUUUGUCACCGGGCGCGCGAACUCGAACGACUGGCUGCGCUACAGCCUUGUCGUGCUCAACUGGUACGCGGCUGAUAACACCAACGGCGCAUGGAACCCGACCCCGGUAAAGACGACGAUCGAGUUCCGCGGCCAGCAGGCAACGUACACCUUCCCUGUGGGGAUCACCACACUCUGGUGGUACGCGUCGAACCAAGGCCACUUCAAGAGAGAGGACUUGGACGAUGAGGCCAUUGUGUUCGGGAACUCGACCGCCGCUACGCUCUCCGCCCAGACGUCCACCGAUGGAGCCACUGAGGACUUUACCUCCGAGGGCACCCUCUACAGCAAGUCCAACGGCGAGAAGGUUCGACGCACCAGGUUCUAUUGA